AUGUCGGCGUCAUCUGGGAGUAUACUGACGGAGGAGGAAAUGAGGAGGGUGUUCCCAUCAAAAGUAGCAGAAUCUGAAAUCAACAGUUCCGGAGACACAUCUUGUAAGGAUGGUGGUAGUGGUUCCAUUUCAAGUGUAGAACAGACAUUAAAGGGACAUGAUGAUAUUGCAAGUGAUGCUGAGGACAUUGCAAAAUAUUUCUGUUAUGUGUAUGAAAAAAAAGAAAACAUUUCGCAAGAUGUUUCACCCUGUUAUUAUUUAUAUUACUACCUGGGGGAUUUGUUCUAUAACAGUAUGGAGAGUGAAGAUUCAUUCUGGCGCUUGAUGGGUAUAGUUAGCCAACAGCUGGGGGACAUAAUUGGUUAUAAUCAGACAUGUAAAGUUGAGCUUAGCAAAAUUAAGAAGGACCUUUUCAUAUGGGAGAAGAAAGUACACGACUAUUAUAAAGACUACACUACAAUAGGAGAAAAGUUAAACACGAAGAAUGCUGACACUCCCUGUAGUGAAGCAUUACAGGAAUACCUACGUAAUGCUGCUUUAGCAUAUGGUCAAAUAGAGAGCUAUUGCUUGGAACCUAAUGGGGGGGGCAUAGAAUAUUGCACCAAGUUUAGCACAACAUAUAAGGACCUUACUCUCCCAAAUGAUUUAAGUUCGAUGUGUGGAUCAACAUCCACACGGUCAACUACAUUUGUUCGACCUGAGCAGACCAGGGAGCAGCAGCAACUAAUCCAGGAAGAAGCAAGACGUAGAAGCGCAGAAGCCGUGACAGAUGGUAGCACUGCCACCACGGGCUCCGACUCGACAAUCGCACCUGGUGCUGUAGCUGGUGGUACCAUUGCCACGAUCGGAUUACCAACCAUCGGUUUCUUUUUAUACAAAUAUACUAACAUAUUUGAUGGAAUAAAAAACUCCCUCUUUGGUGGACUCAAUAACGGCAACAACAGAAGAGGAAGAAGAUCUACUGGUCGACAUAAUUUUCAACACUUUGACGACACUUUAACAGACAAUGAUUCUUCUACACUAGGAGACGACGGUUCCACGACCUUAGGUGGUGGUGGUGGUGGUGGAUCAUCCACCUUAGGUGGUAGCUCGACCGAUGUUUCUACCAUCUAUAAUGAUGGACGAGGUCGACCAUCACCACCCAAAGGAAGGGCAGGAACAAAUAAUAGAAGACAAGGAAAUAUACGUUAUUAUGCUACGUAA